AUGAAAAAAUACAAGAAGGAUUAUAUACCAAAAUAUUUACAACAAUGGAUUCAAAUCGGAACUAUGAAUCAAAAUGAGAUCUCACCAUUAAGUGAGGCUGAAUUAAAAUCAACUGUGUCUAAUUAUGCAAAUAAUUAUCAAUUUAUCACAUAUGGAACAGUGACUGUAACUCUUACUGGAAAAACGAUUGUUAUAGAAGUAAAUGCCGAGUUGGAUAUAGAGGCUGUGAAAGGAUUAAUUCAAGAUUUCGAAGGUAUUCCUCCUGAUCAACAACGUCUAAUAUUUGCUGGUAAGCAACUAGAAGACGGCAGAACUCUUGGACAAUAUAAUAUACAGAAAGAGUCUACACUUCAUCUGGUAUUACGUUACCGAGGCGGAAUGUAUCAUUUUACAAGUGGUCGGCAAGAUUUUGAUAAUUUGCCUUAUAAUGGCGCCACUGCAGUGAAAAAUGUUCUCGUAUUUAAAUUCAAAGAUAUCCGACAUGCUCAUCGGUUAUCACCCUCUGAAUUACAAAAUUCUAUUUUUGAAGCACAAUCUGUUCUCUCCGCAUUAUACCGUGAAUGCAAAGAAGCUUUCAUACAAGAUAAUAUUCCACAUUUAAAGUCUAUUAUAUUACCGAUAACUGCUGAUGUUGAUGAAAGCAGUAGUGACAGUUAA